UGUUUUAUUUUUCUUUUUAGGUAUGGUGUUUUCGCUAAUUUUAACUAUUGUUUCUAUGUAUUUUGAAACUUUUUCCUCUAAUUCUUCCUUGGUCUGUAUUUUUUCAAUUUCAUUUUUGUUUAUUUUGUUUUCCCCAGCUAAUUCCAAAUAUUUUUUGUCAAAUACACCCCAAUCUGCUUUCCUUGUGUUGUAGAUACGUGUUGUUCUAUUUAUUUCUAUCCCUUUUACCCUUUUUAAGCUUAAUUUUAUAACUAUGGUGUUGUGGUCUGAGCUGGUCAGUGUUUCCUCCACUCUCCAGUCUUCGACUUUGUUCAACAGGUCGACCGAACAGGCGGUCACGUCUACCUGGCUGGAAUAGACCUUCCCUCCGCGUACCGUGAAAAAUGUCGGCGCGUUACCUUCAUUUAACACCUGAAGUCCGUUCUCGUCCAGCAUGUCAGUUAGCAUCUCGCCUCUUCGGUCGAUCGUUUGACUCUACUAAAGACCUUUGGCAUUCGCGUCGCCUCCCAUCAGCAGGAGUCCCCCGGUGCCCAUUGUUCUCGCUAUCUUAUUGAGUAAAUUAGUACGAGACCAUCAAGGCCUCCCAUGCACUGUUUCGGACUUUCACAGCGACGAUAUUUGUUGUUGUGAAUUCCGAGAUGAUUCUGGCUUCUAGGUCUUCAUCAAAUACUGCGAUUGCAGCCUUUUCUUUGCCAUCUCCUUGCUGUUGUUCUGUGCAUUGGAAAAUCCUGACCGUCCCGUAGUCCUUCACUCUGCCAGUACCGCCGAUGUACGGUUCUUAUAUUAAGGCAACUGCCAUUUUCCUUUCGAUUGCCACCUUGAACAGCUCCUGCGUGGCCAGUGCCUUCCUUUGCAGGUUAGCCUGUGCCACCACAAACGGUCUGGUUGUGUUAGGAUCCUUUGCUGACUUGUUGACGCCCGGGACCACCUUAGCAAUAACUCACUGAGGAUCUCGCUAUGGUGUCCCACCUCCUCCACACAGGGCACUCUUGGCUGAACGCGUUAUGGUCGGUGUUGUCCAGCUUGGCACUUUGACAAUUGCAGCAUGUAGGAGCCACAGCCGCGAGCCAAUCUGCGCACUCGGCUCUCACGUGGGGUCCUCCGCAGUGACUGCAGACAUCCUGCGCCGCCUUGCAGAAUUUCCUCCCAUGUCCGAAGCCCAAACAUUCUGUGCAUUGGACUAUGGGCGACUGAUCCGCAACUCGGACUCGCUGGCUGUCUACAUGCACCGCUCCAGCCCCCGUAAGCAUCCGCCAUACUUCAGCGUGCCUUCUUCUUUACGGCGUGCCUUCUUCUUUACGGUGUGCCUUCUUCUUAUACGGCGUGCUUUCUACUGUGUGCUUGCACGGUGCACUAUCACGGACAGCAAACGGACGGGAGAGCUGCCUCCCGACCACGUCCAGCUGCGCACCACCAUCGUCGGGUGUGCUGACCCGACCGACUGCCGGCGAGCAGCCGCCGGAGCCGACCACGUGCACACUACCAACGUCGCGGGAGCUGACCCCGACCACGUGCACACCCUGCUCACCCACGUGGCCUUCCAACUGCCCGGCGAGCUGCCGCCGGAGCCAGCCACGUGCAACAUCUACGUGCCAUUCGCCUGGAUCGGAGUUCCCCAGGCCAGUGACUCUUGUUGCGUAACACCAGCAACCAGUACCGAGUGUAACGCGGAGGUGUAAAAAUAAAGCUCGUACCACGUAAUUACCCUGAGUUUUCAAUUGUCUCCCUUCUAUCUGCGGGCAGGCUCUCAACCGCCGCAUCCUGAUUUAGCUAAAAAAAACUACCAAUGGCAAAGAGGUAUAAAAAUUAUCAAGGUAUAUGAUGUGGUUUUGCUUUCUUGGCACUCCUCGAAGCAAACGAACUACAACAUUUCCUGUUGCACCAAGAUCUGGUUCAUCUGGGAGUUUCUCUGUAUUCUCUUGUCCAGAAUAUACGUCGAGCUAUGCCUCCUGAUGUUGCUCAGCAAAUUCACGAUUCACAAAAUUUCAGAUUUAAAAAAAGUAUAGGUGCCUGGUUACUGGGCGUAUGGCCAUGAAACUUUGUGGAGGUGUACGUAGGGUCCCUCCGCCUCUGAUACCACUUUCAAACAGAGAUCGUAACAACAAUCCAGCUCACAAUGGAGCAAAACACAGAGAACGAGACACUUCACUGACACAAUUAUCCUCGCAUCUCAGGAACUAUCCAAGGGAAAAAUCCCAGAUUUCGCCUGGUGAUACUUAGUGAUGCAAGAAACAAUCGUGCAGUCUCAAAAGUAGGGGUCACAGCGAUGUUAUUGAAGUUACACGCACCUUUCCUCCCGGAGGAAUUUUCACUGAAAACUAAUUUUGUUAAUUAAAAAUCCAAUUGUUAUCCGAUUUCAAUGGGGUUUUCAAAUUCGGAAAGGGCGUCGCAGCGCGCAUCCCGGGGUGUAUCACAAUAGGUACUUUUGUUUCGAGGUCCGAAAUGGCGAAUUUUUUACUCUUUCCGUCACGUUUUUACAUGAAGAAUGUUUUAAACAUUUAUUUUUACAUAACUUUUAGCAUCAUUUACAAAUAAGAUAUCUUAGAAAGUAAGAAAAAAAGAAUGACUAUUGAUACAAAUAAAACUAUAAUGAAUGAAGCAUACUAUUUAAUAAAAUUAUAAGCUAUAAUGAAUUGUCUCGCAAGCAAACAUAAUGUUAGAUUACUUUUUAUGAAAACCUGCAAAACAUGUUUUUCCUUUUCGUAAGCAAAGGGGCACUUUACAAGUAUUGCACUGCCAUAUAGUACGCACUGGAGACAUUUUAGUGCUACAUUUGCAGCAUCUUCUAGUGGUUCUCUGAGGUUGAUGGCGAUUGCAUUCCAGACGUAUUUUCUCAGGAACUGUAGGUUUGUGUCGUUUUAGAAAUGAAGAUCCAGGAGAAGAGGCUGUAGAGCUACGGUUGCUGUUUACUGAAUCGGGUCUUUUUCUAACAUAAGCUGGCGCCAGUUGCCCCUGGUAAACACUUCGUUUGAAUUCUUUCAGAGUCAAUUCGGAUAGGUCUGUGUGUGAAGAAGACUGCAAUUCUUUAUAAAUUAAGAAGGCAUUGACAACACAGCAAUCAAGAAAGUGAAAAAAUAUCCUGUGCCACCACUUGUGGGAUUUUCUGUCCAAAGCAUAACUUCCUUUUAGCUGAUCAAACUUGUCGACAAAAUUCAUAUUUGCGUUGUAAUCUUUCACGGCUUCUGGGCAGGGCACUUCAACACUGGUACCAUCGCGCUCUCUGCGGGUUAACUUUUCCGACUUUCUUUGGAUCAUGAUAGUUCGACAAAAUAAAUACUGAUCUCUUAUCUUUCCAUUUCAGCAAACUUAUCUUUGUUUCACUUACCCUGUAGUCAUGUUCACCUCUUUGUAAAUUCUUGUCUUCUUUUAGUGCUGGCAUGAACUUUCUAUUUGGAUUCACCGUUCCACAGGCCAAAACGUUGUACUCUUGUAAUUUUACUUGCAAAGGAUAACUAUUAAAAUAAUUGACAAAAUAGACUUUAUGAUUUUAAUUCUUCAACAUUUAACAAAAACUUCUGACUACUUUACCGCCUAAGUCAGUUUCAACAUUAUCACCCUGCUUUCCGGUGUAAAAAUCAAAAUCUAGACAAUAACCUGACUGUGCACACAUCAUCCAAACCUUGUAUCCUCGUUUGAUUGGCUUUUUUGGCAUGUAUUGUUUCAAGUAGUUCCUGCCUUUGAAUUUGAUCAUACUUUCAUCAAUCGCAACUUUUUCUGAUGGCUUGUAGUUAUUUUGAAAAUUAGAUCGCAAAAUAUCGAGAAGAGGUCUAAUUUUAUAAAGAUUGUCAAAAUCCGGACUAUUUCUGUUGGGCAUUACGCUAUUAUCGUUUACGUGCAAAUAAUUCAAAAGCCAACUAAAUCUAUUGAAACUCAUAAAUUUAGAAACAUAGCUGUCAUGCAAAUCAGGUGCUGAAGACCAGUAAUCUCUGUAGCUUGGCAGUUUUUUUAUGCCCAUCAACAAGUUCAAAGGAAUGAAAACAUCAAGUUCUUCUGUUGUAGUAGCUGUAUAAGGCUUAUUGGAUUGAGCAGCGUAAAGGUUCGUUUGAAAACAUAAAAUAUCUUGAAUGUGCUCUGUCCAAAAAAGGCGAAAGAGUAAAAGAGGUGUAAUAUUCUCCAUGCUAAGAAUUUGAUCAGCUAUACCCACAUUUUCAGAAAACUCACCGGGUGCGUCCAUUCUAUAAUUUUUCUUCCAUUUUGGAGCUCUUAUAAAUGAUUGGUUGGAAUUCGGACUGUACUCGAACAAGGACUGGUCAUCAUCACUAUCAAGGUUGUCAUUAUCGACAGCUUAUUGAACUUCUCCUAUCAAAUCACCUAAAACUAGUGGGUUUGGCUGAUUGUCGGUGUCCUCUUCGGUAUCAUCAUCGCUACAAAUACUCUCGUCACCUGAUGGAAUGUCUUCCAACAAGUACUCCUGAAGUUCUCUGUCUGUUAGCCGGCGCGGCAUACUGUAAUAUAUAAGAAAUAUACACUUUUAGUUACAUGUGCAAGUUUCAUAUAGAAUAUGACCAUAAACCUACAACAGUCAUGGUGGUUAGUGUCACUAACCACUACCUUUUUCGUCCUAUAUACGUAUCGAAAACAAAAAAAUACUGAAUUUUAUUUUGAUACACGUAUAAAAUAUAUAUACGAAAGUAUACUGAACAAAUAAUAUAGAAGAAAAAAGCUUACUUACCUGAUUCACAGUUUUUUGUAUCCAACGCCCUCGAAAACGUACGUUAACGUAAAUAUCAAAUCAAUUGAACUGUCAUUCAUAUAAAAACCAAACACUCGGCCGCUUCACGUCAGCUGUGGUUCAAACUUUCAUUUUAAUCCAACCGAUGCCCGAUAGAUGGCGUGGAUUUAAAUUAAAAAAAUCGAAAAGUGGUGGUUACCGACACUAACCACCAAGACUGAAAGAGUUAAACGCGGAGUGCCGUGGUUUCGCUGCUUAUAGGGCGGCGCGCGGGCUGCGACUUUGUUGCGCUGGUUGGUGCCUUAUUAACGACUAACCGAGUGAUAAGGACCAUUGUUCGUUACAAUAAUCGAUUAGGGAACGCUCUGUUAAAUCAGGAAUUAAUUUUUCAGUAACCCAUUUCAUAAAGUUUGUAUUAUUAUACUGCCCCACUUAUUUAUAUGAAAGUGCUCAGUUUAGUUUGCGAAUAAACGGCUUCAAUACUCGACGCUCGAGUUUUAUUUUUCCCCACACGCAUACAGGAGUUGGGCUUUCCCAUAUUUCUGACAGUAAUUUUCAUAUCUGGUGCAAUCUUUAUGGACCCAAAAGCGACAAUUUAUCAGAAAUCAGCGACAUUGAAACCUGUCUUCUUUCCUUAUUGUAGUGUAAUGAUUUUCUUCCUAUCCUACACAAUUAUAUUUUCCUUGUAUAUCGGCACAUGGAUCGUUAACGCUUUCUAACGUUAGAUUUAUGUCUUCUUCAAGACUAGUCUUGUAAAUUUUUUUUCUUAGAAAAUCGCUUUUUAAUCUGUUAAUUUUUUUUCUUUACUUUGCUAACUCUUCUAAUUCCUUUUUUUCAAGUGUGCCAGUUAACAUCUUCAUUUUACCCUUUCUGUUUCAAGACUUUAUGUUUCUGGGCGGGGCCUUUGGGUAAGAUCGAUCGACUUCUGCAUCUUUUCGACAAUGUGGCUGAGUAGAUCAACAUAAAAAAAAAUACUGAAAGUAUUGUAAUGGAGCAUUUAGUAAAGUACACGAUGCCUCUAAAUUUGUAUUUACAUUCAAAUCCGGAUGGUUAGUCUGUAACGAUUUAUUUUUUCCUUUUAGGGACGGUAGUUUUAGUUGAAACUGCAGUUCUUUGAACAGUAAAGUUGAUUGAACUUCUAUUAGAACGUGGUAGAUUAACUGACUUUGAAGUAUUAGUGUGGAGUUCUGGUGGUUGCUCGUUUACGUUUACAGCACAGGUGGUAUCAAUAUUGGUAGAUAACUAUGAUGCUUCUAUUGGCAAUGAGUCGAUAUCGGAGUCAAUAGAAACAUCCAGCACCUGGUUCAAGUUCUGUUUUAGUUUUGUUACGUCAUCGUCACUUUCAGCGUCCAGAAAGACUUGACCGUGUUUGCUUUCCGACGCCUACCCAACAAUAGUAACCUUCUGCCGCGCGCUUCCUACCCCACAAAAAAGAUGAUGCAAUAAGCACGUUCUAUUGCGCCACCCUGUACUUCAUUGUUUAUAAAUCCCCAUAAAAAAAAAAAUUGCGGUUUGAGGUCGGGUGAGGUGCAGGCUGAGUUCGGGUAAGGUGCAGGCCAUCGAUGAGGACCAUGGCGUCAUAUCCAAUUUUCGCCAAACAAACUGUUGAGACGUCACCGCCAGUACGAAGUGUGUGCAGGUGCUCCGCCCAAUUGGAACCAUACCCGCGAAUAUCCAUACCAUAUCACUGGCAAAUCUUCUAGAUUUUCAGAUAUAGGGCUGUUCAGUAGGUCCAAACCUUCUGAGCAUUUAAAUUGCCAUUAAUUAUUACAGAACCCACUAUUUUGUCCCCAUACUCGCGAAUAUUAUAUACCACUGGCAAAUCUUCUAGAUAUUCAGACAUAGGGCUGUUCAGUAGGUCCAAAAACUUUUUUGCAUUUAAAUUGCCAUUAAAUAUUACAGGACCCACUAUUUUGUCCCCAUACUCGCGAAUAUUAUAUACCACUGGCAGAUCUUCUAGAUAUUCAGACAUAGGGUUGUUCAGUAGGUCCAAAAACUUUUGAGCAUUUAAAUUGCCAUUAAAUAUUACAGGACCCACUAUUUUGUCCCCAUAAUUUCCGUUCCAAACAUUUAUUGAAAAUCGAUAUUGUUGGGUCGACUCUCUCAUUACAUGGGGAUUAUUAUAGUAUCAAUACCGCAAGUUUUGGCGGUUCCACAUUCUAUUCCUAGUAAAAGUGCUCUCAUCUGUCUACAAAAUAUUGUUUGAAAAGGAAAGCUGUUGUUUCUGUCUGUGACGGGGUAUGAACGCCUGAUUCUUUUUGUUAUUUGUAAGGCCGCAUGUUGUUCCAUUGAGGAAGUUACAGACCGCGCUAAAACUUUUAUUGAAUAUCCGCUCAGUCUUCAUAAUGCUACAAUACUUUUCGAAAUUUGUCGAUAUUCUUUCUUCCAUAUUGCCGCGAAUAUGUCGCGGGGCAUCUCCUUCAUACGUGCGGGGCACCAACUCAUCAUAUUCUCGGAGCCUUUGUACCGCUUUUAUUAUUACCUGCGCAGAUGAUGGACAUCUGAGUGUCGUACCAUAUCUCUCUCGAUAUGUCCUAAGUGCACCAACAGUGUUCUGGUGACACUCUCCAUACAAUAAACACCAUACUGGAAUAAUUCAAGAUCUUCUGUUUUGCAAAAUAUUGAUUAUUUAGAUACUUAAAACGCGUAAGAACUAUUUUGAGGAAUAUGAUGACUUCGAUUUAAGCACAAGGUUCGGACUGUCAUAGGAAUCUGUUUUGACUAUUUCGAUUAUUAUUGAAAAUUAAAAAAUCCUAAAAUUAUUACAUCUACCGGUGUAAGGCACCACGUAGCAACGAAGUUUCAGUUGUAUGUAAAGGAAAAUGAUCAAUAUACCUGAAAAUUCGGCUGGAUUUUUGGGCCAUGGUCUUGCAGUUCACUCAAGUAACUACAGAUUUACCCCUACAAGUGAUCCAAAAGGUAAAAAUUUGCUCAUCUCUAAUGGCAUGUUUUAGUACUUUUGGAUCGGGAUCAUUCAUUGAUAUAUAUUGGAAUACUUCCAACUCAUAUUUGUGAUGUUUUAGAUAAUGUCGCGUGAAAUUAGUGACAAGAUUUUUGCAAGUAUACCUACGAACCUACUCCCGUUUCUUCAGUAGGUCCUUCGCCUCUGGUUGUUCAAGUAGCUUGUUUUGCAAAUCUGAACUCAACUCUUCCGAAUCAGGCUCAGGUUUCUGUUCGUAACGUGGUAACAAAUUUACUUAAAAAACCUAUGCAAGUAAGGCUCUAGACAGCGGACUGCAUUUCAACUGCACCUCUGCGAAUUUCAAGUUUGAACGCAGUUAGUAAGUCUGUAAUAAAACUACAAACGAACUGUACAGUCCGAUUGCAGUCGGUUUGCAGUUGGCAUGCAGUUCCAACGACUUCUAAUGACAACGACAGCGUCAAAAAAUUUUUAAUUAACCAUUUUAUUGUGUGUGUACAUAAACUGCUAAUUAAUAAAUAUUAGGUACGUUUUUAAACUUACUAUUUGAGUUUAAUUUUUCUUUUGUUUUAAUAUACCUAUUCAAUAAUAACAUGUUGAUUAGUUGUGUGUGUGGUGGUAGAGGGUUAUGAACACUUGUCAUGUAAAGGUGAAUUUUCAUAAUGCAAUAAUAUUCCCACCUCAAAGAUAUGAAUAGUUACAAAAACUGACUCCAUAGUAACAUUAGAAAACAUGCCAUAAAUGAAUAUUACCUGAUUUAUACUAUUAGAAUCAAAUUCAUUUGUGUCAGAAACGAAUUCAUUAGGCAGCCAGCUGCUAAUGUCUUCGCUACUGACUCAUGGUGUUAUUGAUGGCUGGCCACCACCAGUCUUCAUUAACUCCUUCCUUUCUUCUAUUUUUAUUUUUUUUACCAUUCAUUUUUAAAAGACCCCACUGUGCCUUCAGCUGCACUACUGAACGUGGGGAACCUUUACACAUAUUAUUAAAACUGAAAUACAAAACGAAGUUUGUUUAGGGACUGUAUUAAUUAUUAUGCUUAUUGUUUUACACGAAAACAAUAGAAAAGUAACAAUAUUAGAUUUAAGUUAGCACCUUUUUCUCAAGUCAUGCCAAGCAUUGGAGUUCGUGUCUUUUUUUUUUCGAGGAUACGAACCCGUCCCUUCCUUAAUUCUUUUAAUAUUAUUUUGAAAGCAAUAACAAUACUAUUAGUAAUGCAUGCAUGCAUAGCGCAAACUGGAAAUUUCAAAUAGAGAAAAUAGCUGCACAGCUGCAAUGUCUUCUGUCAUCUGAAAAUAAAAAUAAUUAUAACUCACACCAAAGAGCAUUACAAUACUACGGAAAACUUACAACUUCAGGGUACCUAAAUAACUCAAUUUUAUGUCAGCAGCAAUUUUUACCUCGGUAUUUAUGGUAUAGCAAUCUAUGCUAUACCAUAAAUACCUAGGUAAUAAUUUUAAAAUAUGUUUCACCUGAUCAAAGCGCAUAGGAUCUAUCAAAUUUAAGUCUGAUAGGGAGACUCUUUCAUUGUUAGAAACAUCGCCAAUAUUUAGCAACGAUGAUAUUUUCGAAAUCUUCAUAUUCGAGACUAUCUUUACGUUACUAUUCUUUCGUGAAUUCUUGUAUCUCAAUAUAAGCCAAUCACAACGGCCCUAUGUCUACGCACGGCUGAGGCUGACAUGCCGUUAGCACUGAGAAACAGACUAGUUACCACAGUUUUACUCCGUCCUUGGGUAAAAAACGUCUAUGAAUAAGGGGGUUUCUCUUUAUUUUGUUCUAUUACACUACUAUUAUCUUUAUUCCGAAAAAAGGAAAAUAUUAAUUAUUAAUGAUUUAUUGCAGAACAUGAAGGUUUGAGUAAUACAUAUAUAGGCAUAAAAAAAAAGUACACAUAUUUGGUACCCACCACUGCAUUUAAUUUGAAGCAUUCAGCUUGAGAUGUUGACAGUCCAACUUCACUUUCAGUAAUUGUUUUAUCACAAUUUUGUUUGGUAUUUAUUGGUGUCACCUAGAACAAAUUAAGUAAUUAAUGAAUCUUUUAUACCAUAGAAGGAUGAAUAGACACAAGUUGACAACUAAGUCAUAAUUUAGUGUAAAUAAAGUCUAUAUAUUUAAUUGAGGACAUACUCUUACAAAUACUAAAUUUCGUUUGAUAGUGAAUAAAGUUCUUAUGUAAGAAAAAAUGCCACAAGAUACAUUAUACACAGCAAACUUUAAUUAUAUACAUUUACAUCUGUUGGUGCAACUUCCUCCAUAGGUGUAUCUAUUGUCUUAUCUUGAUUUAUUAUAAUUAUAUAUAUCUUCAUAUGGUGCAUCACUAUCGUAGAGGUUUGUUAAACCAUCUACAGUUGGUCUCAGUAUUGCCUCUACCUGACCUUGCAAUAGACAUGUUGGUGUGGUUCGGCUUUACACCUACAAAACAAUAAACAUUAAUUAAAGCCAAAGUAGUUUUGUAUCUUGUAGUGUUUAUGCCAACCUGUAUGUCCGAUAUGUGUUCAUCCCAAGACUUGUCGUCACCACCUUGGCCAGAGGUGGAUAAAGCAUCUAAAAUAGUUCUGUUCAACCUCUCUGCCUGUCCAUUAGCACUAGGUGUGGCAACAGCGUCUUGGAUAUACUUUAUGCCAUAACGUUUUACAAAAUCUUGAAACGUUUUAUUCGUGACACUCUUGCCUUUGUCUGAAAUUAAACGUAUAGAAACGGCAAAGUAGGUGACUUGGUGUUCCUUACCGGGUUUAUGCUUUUUUUUCAUGGGGGAAAACUCAUUAUCACUACCACCACUUGGAGGGUGAGUGGAAUUAAUAGUUUGGUUCCACUGGUCUUUCGGCCCAAUGUCGAAGAUCGGGACUAUA